AUGCCUGGUGUAAAGCGCUCAGCUGAUUUUCAGUUAACAAGUGAGAAUCAUGAUGACGAGGCGGAUCAUGAACACGAAACGAUCCCAACUAUCGCGAGCGAGGAGGAGUUAUCCAAACGUCGUUUCCUCAAAGUACGGCGUGACGCCUACUCUACAGGAGCUGAGCAGACACCUUCACCGGGCACAGGCGGGGUUUUCAAAAAUCUACGCCCAGCCGCUCCCGAUCCCGCGAUCACUGGAAAAGCCCCCUUUGACUUUGGCGGAAAGUUCGGCAGUUUUGCUAACGGGCCCAAUGCCGCCACUACAAGUGGGGAUGCCGCGGGCAUCGGGUCGAAGCCCGCCCAUAAGUCACCAGAGAAAGAUUGCGCAAACACCAACGUCUCUCCAGCGCCAAGUUUUUCUUUUCACCCACAGACAACUUCCCCUGGCGCGACAGGGGCUGGCAGUAACGGUUCUUUUUCUUUUUCCUUCACCACCGCGGCUGCGAGAUCGGAUACGGAUACCGCUCCGCGUAAUGAACUGACUAAGGGCAACCAAACACCACAACAGAAUAAUAGUCAUUUGUUUGGGAGUAGUACCUUCAGUUUUGCAGGCGCCGUCAAGUCAUUUGUGGAUGCACGCAAAAAGCUUGAGGAGGAUCGUAAAAAUACCACAGAAGAUAAUAAUACUUCCUUGAAUACUGAAGGGGACGAUGCGCAUGACGAAGCGAAGGACCACAAAGAUGAUGAUACUGCGGAUAAGUUUGAAUCCCAUUCUAUUAUCACCAGCAGCGGCGAGGUGCUCGCUUCGGCACCGUGCAAAUUAUUUUUAUUUGAUUCGAAGAAUAAGAAAUGGCUAGAUCGCGGCGAGAGCGAAGCAAAGGUGAAGCACGAGUGCUAUAAUGCGUCUGAGGCGACAAGUGGGAAUGUGCAAGAUGAUAAUUCCAAGGGGAACAACAAUACUGCCGAUUAUUGCUAUCGUCUCCUCGUUCGUAAUGGAUAUUCAUUGAAUUCUUUGAUAGAUAAGAAUGCUUUUGUAUUGGGAAAAGAAGGUCCCAAGCACAUUCUUUUUUCGGUUAGUAAUCCGGGCGGUAGUAUUGCGAAUUACCUAUUGAAGUUCAUGGGACCCAAUGGUGAAUUCAACACUAAAAUUUUUAUUCAAGAGAUCGAAAAGGCAAUGUCUGCCUCUAAAUGA